AUGAGCUGCUACUGCGAGGAGAAUGCUUAUCAUUUAAUAGACGCGUUGAGUUGUGUUGGUGGUGUUAGAGUGCGCGUUGGUUUCAUCAGCAAUUCAAACAAAUCUGUACUCUUAUUCCAUCAACAAGCCAGCCAGUACUCCCACCCAUUCCCGGUUCUCUGGGAUUAUCAUGUUAUUGCCGUGGUUGAAGCUCAUGACAGUGAAUACAUCAUCGAUUUAGACACAAAACUCGAUAGAGUUUCUAACGCCCGCGACUACCUCAAUCUCACUUUCAGCCCUCACACUCCCCAUCAAUACAGAGCCUUCAUCAAUCUCACUCCCGCACACUCCUUCCUCCAAUCCUUUGCUUCCGAUAGACGUCAUAUGUUGACAAACAAAGGCACUUACAGCAGUCCUCCACCACCUUGGAAAUGCAUACGCGGUCAUCUAGCCUCCCUCCCUCAUAACCUCGAUAUCUGGAUCGAGGGGGCCAACGAGGAUUCCGAGCGUAUAUCACCGCUAUAUGAGUAG